AUGAGUUUCACGGUAGACCACCACUUCUUCGGCCCCACUGCGUACCGCAAGGCUCGGCCUGCCUCCGUGUCCUCCAGCGGGUUUCACUCCCAGCGCCGCCGCCUGACCUACAGCCAGCCGUCCUCCGCCGACAGCUUGGAGACCUUCAACGGUGACAUGACUCGUAGGACCGAGAAGGAGAUCCUCCAGGCUCUGAACGACCGGUUCGCCGGUUACAUCGACAAGGUGCGGAACCUGGAGAUGCACAACCGCAACUUGGAGGCAGAAGCUGCAGCGCUGCGACAGAGCCAGGCUGGGCGUACCUCUGUUGGAGAGCACUACGAGAGAGAGUUGGGCGACCUGAGGGGUCUUCUGCAGCAGCUGACCGGGGAGAAGGCCCGCGCUGCCCUGGAGCACGAACACCUGGAGGAGGACAUCCAGCACCUGCGGGUCAGGCUGGAGGAUGAGGCACGCAACCGGGAGGAGUUGGAGGCUGCUGCCCGUGCCAUGAAAAAGUAUGUGGAAGAGUGUCGGCUGACCCGGAUGGAGCUGGACAAGAAACUCGGUGCCCUGGAGGAAGAGGCUGUUUUUCUGAAGAAGAACCACGAGGAAGAAGUGGCGGAGCUCCUUGCGCAGAUUCAGGGUGCUCAGGUGAGCUUUGAUUUGCGGGACACGAUGAAGGCGGACGUGACCAGCGCACUGCGAGAGAUCCGCUCUCAGCUCGACAGUCAUGCAUCCAAGAGCUCAACUUACGCUGAGGACUGGUUCAAAGUGCGUAUGGAGCGCCUGUCUGAUGCUGCCAGGAGUAACCAAGAUUCCAUCCGUGGGACCCAGGAGGAGAUCAUGGACUACCGUCGUCAGCUCCAGAGCCGCACCAUCGAGCUUGAGACUCUUCGGGGUACCAAGGAGUCACUGGAGAGGCAGCGUAUGGAGAGUGAAGACAGACACCACGAAGACCUCAGCUCACUACAGGAGACCAUCAAUCAGCUGGACAAUGAGCUGAAAACCACUAAAUGGGAGAUGGCCAGCCAGCUGAAAGACUACCAAGACCUGCUGAAUGUGAAGAUGGCUCUAGAUAUUGAGAUUGCUGCUUACAGGAAGUUACUUGAGGGAGAAGAGAAUCGCUUUGUGUCAGGAGCAGGCCCGUACUCCUACCUGGAGAGCAGAAUCUCCACUCAUAUAAAAGUGAAAGCAGAGGAGAUCUCAGACACAGUCAUUGUGGAGGAACAGACAGAUGAGACCCAGGUCACAGAGGUGACAGAGGAGGCAGAUGAGGAGGAAGAAAAGAAAGAAGAAGAUGCAGUGGAGGGAGAAGACGAAGGUGAAGAAGGUGAAGAAACCAAAGAAGAAGAGGAGAGAGAAGUUGAGGAAGCAGAAGAAGAUAAAGAAGAGGAAGGAGAGGUAGAGGAAGAAAAGGGAGAAGAGGAAAAGGAGCAGGAAGAGGGGGAGAAGGGAGGAGAAGAAGAGGCCGGUGAGGAAGAAGAGAAGUCCAAAUCUCCAGAAAAGGUUGCAUCCACUCCUUCAAAAUCUCCUCAACCCAAAUCUCCUGCUGUCAAAUCACCAGAAUCCAAAUCUCCACCAAAAUCCCCAGAAUCUAAAUCUCCACCAAAAUCACCAGAAUCUAAAUCACCGAUGCCCAAAUCCCCUGCAAAGUCCCCUGCAGUCAAAUCCCCCGCAGGAGAUGAGUCUAAAUCACCUGCUCCAAAGUCCCCAGUGUCAAAAUCCCCACCCAGCAAAUCCCCAGAAUCUAAAUCUCCUCUGCCUAAGUCCCCUGCCCCCAAAUCCCCCGAACCAAAGUCUCCUGAAAAAGAGGAGGCCAAGCCUGUCUCUGCCAAAGACACCCCUAAAGAAGAGAAAAAGGAGGAGAAGCCCGUAAUAGAGGAAAAGAAGGAGAAAGAGCAACCUGUGAAGGAAGAGAAGAAGCCUGAACCCAAGGAGAAAGAGCCUGAGGCAGAGAAGGUGGACAAGCCUGAUGCGAAGAAAGAGAGCAAAGCAGAUGAAGCCCCAAAGAAGGAUGAUGCUUCAAAACCUGAGACUCCCAGCAAGCCCGCAGAGGACAAACCUGUUCCCAAGUCUGAGCCCAAAGAGAGCGCUCCCCCUGCCAAGGAGGAGAAGCCCUCUGCUCCUGAACCAGAAAAGGCUGCACCUGAGGCCCCAAAAGUAGAGCCUGAGAAAGCAGAGACCAAGAAAGAAGAGAAGAAGCCAGAGGUGAAGCCCGCACCUAAAGUGGAACCUGAGAAAGCAGAGAGCAAGAAAGAGGAGAAGAAGCCAGAGGAGAAGAAGCCAGAGGAGAAGAAGGAGACCAGUAAAGAAGCAGCUGACAGUAAGGAUGUGAAGGAAGGAGGCAAAGCAGAGAAAUCUUCCAGCACUGAAUCAAAGGAGGGCAAAGAAGAGAAGGCCAAAAAGUAA